AUGUCCUUCGUAACAGAUCAAACACGUUGGCAAGCCCUCUGCAACAGAACACCAGCCGCUCACGCAUCAUUUAUCUACGGGGUCCUCACAACUCGCAUUUUCUGCCGUCCAACAUGCCCAGCACGCCUCGCACGCCGAGCCAACGUCGUCUUCUUCGACGCCGCUGAUGACGCCGUCCGUGCAGGCUUCAGGCCCUGCAAGCGCUGUAAACCCGACUCGGCAACCCCCGAACGGCGCAACCAGGAGGUGGUCCAGCGAGCGUGCGGCAUCAUACGAGAACGUAAUGGGGCAGUCACUCCGGCAGAAGCCGCGAAGCUGGUUGGGCUGUCGUACCGAUACUUUCAUGGGGUAUUCAAAGAGUUCACCGGCGUGACGCCGGCACAUUUCGCCAGGCAGUCCAGAGAAGAGCAACUCGGAGAUGCAGUAGGGUCUGCAAGCGUAAACACGCCGCCGGCCGCGACUUCAAUGCACACAACAGCGAUGCCUAAGACGAGCAAUGAACUGUGUAUGAACAACAGCCUUAACCCGGCAGAAAGCGGCUACAAAGAAGGCUCUUCGGAAAACCCCGAAUUAGAAAAGGAUUUGGACUUGAUCUGGCAAGAAAUAUGCCAGGAUGACGGCCACGCUCUUUGGGGUCAGGUAGAUGAGACUCUCAAUGGCGAAGUGCCAUGGAAUGAGUGGCUAUCAGCUACUUAUCAGGUGAACGACGUAGGUAUCCAGGAUUCCGAAUGGAUAAUAUAG